AUGGUGAAACUAAUUCACACAUUAGCGGAUCAUGAUGAUGAUGUCAACUGCUGUGCCUUCUCCUCUUCCCUCUUGGCCACUUGCUCCUUGGACAAACCAAUUCGCCUGUACUCCCUGAGUGACUUCAGUGAAUUGCCACACCCUCCAUUGAAGUUUCACACCUCUGCUGUCCACUGCUGCUGUUUCUCUGCUUCAGGGCAUAUUUUGGCUUCAUUUUCAACAAAUGGUACCACUGUCUUAUGGGAUACUCAAAACGGACAGACUUUGGCAGUGAUGGAACAGCCCAGUGGUAGCCCCAUGAGGGUUUGCCGGUCUUCCCCAGACUCCACUUGUUUGAUAUCAGGGGAAGCUGAUGGAACUGUUGUUUUGUGGAAUGCACAGUCAUACAAGUUAUAUAGAUGUGCUAGUGUUAAGGAUGGCUCCUUGGUGGCCUGUGCAUUUUCUCCUAAUGAAAACCUCUUUGUCACUGGCUCCUCGUGUGGGGAUUUAACAGUGUGGGAUGAUAAAAUGAGGUGUCUGCAUAGUGAAAAAGCACAUGAUCUUGGAAUUACCUGCUGCGAUUUUUCUUCACAGCCAGUUUCUGGUGGAGAACAAGGUCUUCAGUUCUUUCGACUGGCAUCAUGUGGUCAGGAUUGCCAGAUCAAAAUUUGGGUUAUUUCCUUCACCCAUACCUGAUCAGUGGAUAAGUCUGUCAUAGUGUGUGAUACUAAUACUGAGAAUAUACUUCACACCUUGACUCAGCACACCAGGUAUGUCACAACUUGUGCCUUUGCACCCAAUAUCCUUUUACUUGCUACUGGUUCAAUGGACAAAACAGUGAAUAUCUGGCAGUUUGACCUGGAAACACCUUGCCAAGCAAGGAUCGCAGAAGAUCAACCAAAGCAAUUUACUGAAGAUUGGUCAGAGGACGAUGAUGUCUCAAACUGGCUUUGUGCACAAGAUUUAAAAGACCUUGUUGGUAUUUUCAAAAUGAAUAACAUUGAUGGGCGAGAACUGUUGAAUCUUACAAAAGAAAGUCUAGCUGAUGAUUUGAAAAUUGGAUCUCUAGGGCUGUGUAGUAAAGUUCUGCAGAAAAUUGAAGAGCUCAGGACAAAGAUGAAAACCCUUUCUUCUGGAAUUCCUGAUGAAUUUAUAUGUCCAAUAACUAGGGAGCUUAUGAAAGAUCCUGUCAUUGCAUCAGAUGGCUAUUCAUACAAAAAGGAAGCAAUGGAAAAUUGGAUCAGCAAAAAGAAACGAACAAGUCCCAUGACAAAUCUUGUUCUUCUUAUACCAAAUAGGACUCUGAAAAUGGCCAUUGAUCGAUGGCUGGAGACACAUCAAAAAUAA